ACAACAAUGAUACAGGUUUCUUGCGCGGUGUCGUAUUCACGUAAUCUAAAAAAGAUAAAUAUACGCUAUAUAAAACAAAGUGUUGUUACAUCAUUAACAGUCAGGAUUGCAAACGAUAAAGUAGUGUAUGUAAAAAUGAUAAAAUGGGUGACAUUUUUGGUUUUAAUAUUGUUGGCAAUAGGAGAUAGUAAAGAAGUGAAACAAUUGAAUACAGCCCAGGGACCAGUCCGCGGAUAUAAAGAUGCCGGCGAUGAUGUGUUUGUCUUUUACGGGAUCCCAUACGCAACUGCUCCAACUGGACCCAACAAAUACAAGGCACCUCUUCCACCGCCCACUUGGACGACACCAUUUGAAGCGGUCAAUAAAAACAUAAUUUGCCCGCAAAUGGAAAACCUUUUUAUGGCAAAUCCAAAUUCAACAGAAUCAGAAGACUGUUUAAUUGCAAACAUUUACGUACCUGAUACAAAAACUAAUAAGUUACCAGUUUUAGUCUACGUUCAUGGAGGUGCAUACCAAAUAGGAUACGGUGAAUUUGCUGUAGCAAAGAACUUGAUGAGGGAAAAAGAAAUGAUUAUUAUCAAUUUCAAUUAUCGUCUUGGACCUCAUGGUUUCUUGUGUUUAGGCACACCAGAUGUGCCUGGUAACGCUGGAAUGAAAGACCAGGUAGCCUUACUUCGUUGGGUUCAGAAAAAUAUUGCCAGUUUCGGUGGUAAUCCUGAUGAUGUUACAAUAAUCGGAUACAGUGCUGGAUCUUCUGCAGUAGACCUGCUUAUGCUUUCGCCAAUGACAAAAGGUUUGUUCACUAAAGUUAUACCAGAGAGUGGGGCAAAUAUGGCAGCUUUUAGCGUGCAGGGAAAUCCGCUGGAAAACGCUAAAGCUUACGCUAAAUUAAUAAACUUUAGUGGCAAUGAAGAUGACGUUUAUGCUCUUGAAGAGUUUUACAAAACAGUUUCAAAGGAAGUCUUGCAUUCCGUCGAUUUAUUCAGUCAAAAAGAUUCCACAUUCUUUUUUUCGCCUUGUGUGGAACGCGAUGUAGGACAAGAAAUAUUUCUUGAUGACGCACCUCUAAAUAUUUUAAAGGACGGUAAACAAUAUAAGUUACCUAUGCUUUAUGGAUUUGCUGAGAUGGAAGGAUUGUUUAGAAUACCGUAUUUUGAUUUUUGGAAAGAUGGUAUGAACGCGAAGUUCUCCGACUUCUUACCUGGUGAUCUUCACUUUGACAGCGAAUCGGAAAAAGAAGAGGUGGCAGAAAGAAUCAAGAAAUUCUAUUUUGGCAAUCGACCAGUUAGCGAAGAAACUAUAUUGAGAUAUGUAGAUUAUUUUACGGAUAUUAUUUUUGCUUAUCCUACUUUACGAUCUGUGAGGUUGCAAGUGGAGUCUGGAAACAAUAACAUUUACCUAUAUCAAUAUGACUACGUGGACGACAGUGCACCGCUCAUACCGUACACUGAGGUUCGCGGUGCCAAUCAUUGUGCGCAGACUUAUGGGAUCGUUGAUGGGGCGUGGCCAAACCUGACGGAAGAUAAACUCCCUGAAGACACCCAGAAAAUGAAACGGAUGAUGCGUAAAAUAUGGGCAUCUUUCAUAACCACAGGGAAACCUGUACCCGAGAAUUCAGAUCAUCCUCAGUGGCCUCCAACUAAAGCUAAUGGUGGUCCUCAUAUGUGUAUAGACAAGUAUCUUAAGCUGAGGGGUCCAUUGCUACAGCAACGCGUUCUCUUUUGGGACGAGAUUUAUGAUAAAUAUUACGACGUUCCAAAACCGCCACCUACACCACCGAAAAGGCAAAAAGAAGAGUUGUAAUCAUAAUAACUAUACAAAUACACCUUUUGGUUUUAAAUAA